GUGAUAUUUUUUUUUCCAACUUCAAAAGUUGUGAUCUCGUUUUAUUUCCCAAACCCCACCGUCUUUUUCGAUCACAGCACAACGCUUGUGAUCACUCCCUUACAACAACACCGCAAUCAUGGCUUCUAACGACAAGGGUUUGGAGGAGAUCCCCGAGGGACAGAUCGAGUCUAACUACGAUGAGAUCACCGACUCCUUCGACUCCAUGGACCUCAAGCCCGAGCUCCUUCGCGGUAUCUACGCUUACGGUUUCGAGCGUCCCUCUGCUAUCCAGCAGCGUGCCAUCAUCCCCAUCAUCAAGGGUAACGAUGUCAUUGCUCAGGCCCAGUCCGGUACUGGAAAGACUGCCACUUUCUCCAUCUCCGCUCUCCAGAAGAUCGACCACAACCUCAAGGCCUGCCAGGCCCUGAUUGUCGCUCCCACCCGUGAGUUGGCUCAGCAGAUCCAGAAGGUCGUCAUCGCCAUCGGUGACUUCAUGAACAUUGAGUGCCACGCCUGUAUUGGUGGUACCAACGUCCGUGACGACAUGACCGCUCUCCGCAACGGCCCCCAGGUCGUUGUCGGUACUCCCGGUCGUAUCCACGAUAUGAUCCAGCGCCACGUCCUCAAGACCGACCAGAUGAAGCUGUUCAUCCUCGACGAGGCCGAUGAGAUGCUUUCUCGUGGUUUCACUGAGCAGAUCUACGACAUCUUCCAGCUCCUUCCCCAGUCCACCCAGGUCACCCUGCUCUCUGCCACCAUGCCCCAGGAUGUCCUUGAGGUCACCACCAAGUUCAUGCGUGACCCCGUCCGUAUCCUGGUCAAGAAGCAGGAACUUACCCUCGAAGGUAUCAAGCAGUUCUACAUUGCCGUUGAGAAGGAGGAGUGGAAGCUCGACACCCUCUCCGACUUGUACGAGACUGUCACCAUCACCCAGGCCGUCAUCUUCUGCAACACCCGCCGCAAGGUCGACUGGCUCACCGACAAGCUCACUGCCCGUGACUUCACUGUCUCCGCCAUGCACGGUGACAUGGAGCAGGGCCAGCGUGAUGUUAUCAUGAAGGAGUUCCGUUCCGGAUCUUCCCGUGUCCUGAUCGCC